AUGAGAACAUCGAAUGAGAUGACCAUUGAACCAAGAAUACUGAAGAAACCUAGAAAAUCAAAGGAUAAAGCUAUGAAACUUAUUGAUCAAGGUGUGCUUGACGAAAGACGGUAUCGUAGACUACAAAAAGCUGAGAAGAGGGAAUUGGAAAUGAAGACGGUUGGAGAGAAAUUUGAUGAUCCGUCUGCAUCGUCGACUACGCCUCAAAUAGCAUCAGGACGACCACAGCCGGUGGUACCCACACGACCGAGGAAGGAACCAGUACUACUAUCUGACCGCGAACUUGAACCAAAAGCUGAAGCUGAAUACGAACAUGAACACGAUGUAACAUAUGAUCUCGAAAGUCGCCUUCCUGAGAUAACCGGAACAUCUUCUCCUAAUUCUAUUGAACUUGACCACAUUGACGAAGUGUCUGGUAAUAGAAAACGAAGAGAACCUUCAAUCCCAUUCGAAUGCCUCAUUUGCUCAGAAGAGAUCCCUAUCAUCCUUCAGCAAGCUCAAGAAGAAGGGAAAGGUGGUUUAGGCGGUGGAUUAGUCUUAUGGGCGUGUGAUCAAAAAGAUUGCGGAGCGUUGUUCUGCAUAGUUUGCGCCUAUCAAUAUAUAACUCUGCACGAUAAAAGCGACCCCAAAUGUCCUGCUUGUACGAGGCAAUGGGAAUCAAUGGUCUUAUGGCGCAAGCGAGAGCUUAUGAUUCAUCUUUGA